AGAAGAAGUUGCAAGAGGAAGUUGCAGUGCGCACGCGCCAACCGGUAGACCCGCGUUCCCUGCCAGAGAUCUUCUGUUACCUGCAGAGUGAAGCAGUAUGACCAGCGUCCAGCAGGUGGCAGCAGUGGGACAGGUCCUGACGAACCCAGGACUGGACCUGACCCGGCGGUUCAGAGCCUUAUUUACCUUGAAGAACCUGGGAGGUGCUGAAGCUAUCGAGUGGAUCAGUAAAGCCUUCACAGAUGACUCUGCCCUCCUGAAGCAUGAGCUGGCUUACUGCCUGGGCCAGAUGCAGGACAGACGGGCCAUCCCCACUUUAACAGACGUUCUCAAAGACUCCCUGCAGGAGCCGAUGGUCAGGCAUGAAGCAGGGGAGGCUCUGGGUGCAAUCGGUGAUCCGGUGGUUCUGGACCUCCUGAAAGAGUACAGUCAGGACCCUGUCAUCGAGGUGGCAGAGACGUGUCAGCUGGCUGUUCGGCGGUUGGAGUGGCUGCAGACCAGAGAGAAGCAGAUAGACGACCAGAGUCCAGACCAGAACCCCUACCGCUCCGUAGACCCAGCCCCUCCAGCGGUGAGGAAGAGCGCGUCAGAGCUUCGCUCAAUCCUGUUGGAUGAGAGCCUGCCACUCUUUGAACGUUACCGGGCCAUGUUUGCCCUGCGGAACCUGGGCAGCGAGGAGGCUGUGCUGGCACUGGGAGACGGUUUGCAGUGCUCCAGUGCUCUGUUUCGCCAUGAGAUCGGCUACGUCCUGGGUCAGAUGCAGCAUCCGGCAGCAGUCCCAGCCCUGUGUGCAGCUCUGGAGCGUUCUAGUGAGAACCCUAUGGUUCGACACGAGGCGGCAGAGGCUCUUGGGUCCAUCGGCAAAGAGGAAUGUCUGGCUAUGCUGCAACAAUUCCUUGGAGACAGAGAACGUAUUGUCAAGGAAAGCUGCGAGGUCGCUCUAGAUAUGCUAGAGUACGAAAACAGUGAGCAGUUCCAGUAUGCAGAUGGACUGGGCAGCUUCCAGAGUUAAAGGUGUAUGUUACACCUGAAGGAUACAUUUACUACUCUCUAUACUGGAAAUAAGGCUGCUGUACACUAUUUUAUCCUGUGGGAUGAAAGUUUACAGUAUGAAAGAUAAGCACAUACAAUAAAAGAAUAAAAGACCAUAUAAUCCA